GUUGUAAACAAAGGCGGUUGUAUGUGAGGUAUGUGAUGUGUGCCAGUAUAAAAGUGACAGUGCGGGUGGUUUGUCCACAUACCAUCUGACAACAUGAAGGUCUUGCUUCUUACUUUGCUGCUCCUGCUGUGUAGCACUCAAGUGCUCACGCUGAGAUGCUACACCUGUGAAGGUGGUGAUCGCUGUAAGACGGAGACAGAUUGCCCACCAUCAGCUCAGUACUGCCAGACCAAGACCAACGGUGACGCAAUUUCUCGAACUUGUGAGGAAUUCUGUGCUGAAGACUAUUUCACAAAAUGUUGUGACAGCGACCUUUGCUGAGCCUGAAUCAUCCCUCGGUGUUUACUUUCACUUUCUCAUUAAUGAAAAUUGUCAAUGAGAAAGUACUUAAAUCUAAAUCUGGAAGUGAAAAAUGAUUUGUUAGAUUACAAUAUUUUCAUGUGAUUUUCCUGUCUUUCAUUUCUCUUGCUUUUAUUUUCAAUGAAAUCUACAAAUGUUGAAUUAUUUAGUCUCAUCUCAAAGGCAACUGUCCAACACACUGGUAGUAACAGCUAGGUUUUGAAAUAGUGCUGGUGGCAAGGAA